AGAGAGAGAGAGAGAGAGAGAGAGAGAGAGAGCUAGCGUUCUCAUCACCAUGGCAACGCUUCCUGCCGGGUGUCGGUAAUGACAAGAGACUGUCCACCGCCACACCUCUCUCACGCUGUCCUUCCUCCUGUAGCCGUAGACUGCUUGUGUCUACGUGCGUCUCACCUUGCUGCCAUUCACUGUAAGCUGGCGGCGAGGACAUAGACACAAAGAAGCACCUCCGGUGUAGUAGGUUCAAGUAACCAUCCGUUUCAAGUGGCCAAGUGCGCGCGCAACCAUGUCAGACCUGCCACUGCUUCCCGGCUACACCUUCUCUACACCUGAGGAAAGGCAGAGGCCCAUCCGUCAAAGUCUGGAAUGGAGGAAGGGAGCGCCCCUCGUGGCGGCCCCUCCUCAACCCUUGCUGUCUGAGGCUGACCAGCAGGACCUGGUGAGACAAGAGAGAAGACUCCAGUUCGCAUCCCGCCCACGCCGAGCCUCGACCCCACCCAAGUUUCUGCCAGAAUGGGCGGUGUUGGACAAGAAGGUGCUACGAUUCAAGGGUUACUUCACAGAGCAGGUUGAGGGAGGGAGGGCAGUGUGUCGUGUUCGGCCAGUGGUCAUCUACUACUACCUGGUGGAUGAUGCAAUAGCCGUCACUGAGCCUCGGACACCUAAUUCUGGUCUAGAUCAAGGUCGCCUGCUGAACCGCCAGCAAGUGCCUCACCCAGAUGGAGGAUUCUGGCACUGGACACACCUCAACCUGGGGGAGACACUGACCCUCUAUGGCCGGCAUUACAUUAUCUGUGACUGUGACCCCUUUACCAAGGAAUACCUAUUAAGUGAGGGGACAGAGCUGGGCAACCCCGUCACCAUCCCUCCAGACCCGUACACUCUCAUGCGACAGUCCAGGAUCGAGACACCACACAGAACCUCAGACUUGCGGCCACACUCAGCACCCCCGGUGCCCCCACAGCUGAGGGGAGUCCUGCUCAAGUUUGAUGUGAUGGUGGAGGAGGUGGAGGACGGCCGGUCCAGAGCAAGCCCUGCUGUGCUGCUAUACCGCCCGCAAGACCUCACCGUGGAGCUCCGCCAACCAUCCUACUUUGACUACACUGAGAUCAGGAAGUUCAGCCCCAUCAUCCUGCGUGCUGUGAAGGUGCCACUGCGGGACUCAUCUGAAGGUACCAUAGGUGGCGUUAUCAACAUUGGGGAGGAAGGUGAGAAGGGGGAGUGGUUGUUGCCUCGUCACUUGAUUCCACCAGCAAGUGUGACCAUCUUUGGCCGCAGAGUGUUGGUGACAGGGUGUGAUGCCUUCACUCAGAGAUUCCUACAAGACUACUAUGGCGCUGACAACAUCCCCAAUAUGAAAUAUGUUGAAACCAAAAAGCCUGAUGAGUCUGGUUCAAGUGGCAAGACACAGUCAGAUAUUGUUCCUCGCCACAGACCAAGACGUGGGCUGCUCAUCCCUCAAGAUGCCACGGUCCUCAGGUUUUUGGCCAAACUAGACUCCCCAUUAGGCACUGAAGCAGAUCGGACCUUUAUUCUCACUUACCAUGUGGUGGAUGCAACACUGGAGCUCACUGAGAAGCCUCGGCCGGGGGGUCUAGGUGGAAGGAUCUUGUCCCGCAUGAGGGUUCCCAAGCCUGAGGUGGUGGAGGACAAGAAGUCUUGGGACCCAGACUUUUAUACAUUAGAUGACAUAUAUAUUGGGGCCCCUCUGAAGCUGUGGGGGCAACACUACCUCAUUACAGGGGCAGACAAGUAUGUCCUGAAUUAUGCACGCCAGCAUGAGGACCAGGUCUCCCCACAGCUGCUCUCCUCCUUGCUGCACCACUUCCAGGAGGACACACAGGACAAGGAGCCAGCUGAUCAGGAACAAGAGAAUAAUAAAUGUUGAGCAAAAUUUUCAGACAGCACAGCAGAAGCAAAGGUAUAAUGAAUCUGACACACCCAUGAAGCUACACAAUGUAAAAAUAAACAAAUAAAUAAUAAAAUGUAAUAAUAAUAAAUAAAAUGUGAGGGAAA